AAUUUAAAGAACCUCCUUUUUUAACUCAGUUUAAACCAAGCUAUUCUUAUCAAUUAUGCCUCCUAAAUCUAAAGCAAGCACUGCUUCUGCCACCAAGUUGUCUUAUAAAGACAUGAUUAAAUCCGGUAUCGUUACCUUGAAGGAAAGAAACGGUUCUAGUCGUCAAGCUAUUAAAAAAUAUGUCCAAGCAAAUUUUGGAAUCAAGGCCGCUAAUUUUGAUGCCUUGUUCAACGCUGCCUUGAGAAAGGGUGUUGAAGUUGGAGACUUAUCUCAACCAAAGGGUCCUUCUGGUCCUGUCAAGUUAGGAAAAAUUGACAAGAUUUCAAAACCUGUCGCUAAAAAGGUUGCCAAACCAGCACCAAAAAAGGCGGUUUCUAAAAAAGUGGCUCCAAAAAAAGUGAUCCCCAAGAAGGCUGUUAUCAAGAAGGCUGCCCCAAAGAAGGCCGUUACUACUAUUAAGAAGAAGCCCGUUGCUAAGAAGCCUGUUGCUAAGAAGGCUGCUCCAAAGAAGCCUGUUGCUAAGAAGGUCGCUGCAAAGAAGGCUGCUCCAAAGAAAGUGACCAAACCAGCUGCUAAGAAAGUCGCUCCAAAGAAAGUGGUUGCCAAGAAAGUUGCUCCCAAGAAGGCUGCUCCUAAAAAGAAGGUAGCCAAGAAGUAAAGAUGCUUUACGUUAUUAGCUGGUUCAUGUUUUACGGAUGUUGAUUUUACCUUUUCUCUUUGCCUCUAUUUGUAUCUGUUGUAAUUUUAGCGUGUUUUUGUAAUAUAUGAGAGAAAU